AUGAAUGAGCAAUGGGAAAGUUUCAAGACUGAAGUAGAUGAUGUAAAGGAACUGAAUUAUAAAGUCACAGUAAGAGCUGUGGUAACAAGGUCUCAAGAACAGCCAGAUUGGUUGGCCAAAUAUUCAGUUAAAGAAAUGCAGGCGUUCCUAAAAGAAGACCAAGAUCUAAAAUACUUACACCAGUGGAAAAAUACAAGAAAGAGAAUGUGUGCCAGUUUAAGCCCAGCCACAAGGAGAUAUUGGUUAAACUGGGAGAAUAUUGAAUUGAUAGAUGGUAUUGUUUAUCAGAAAUGGAUAAAUGCCAAGAGUAAAUUAAAUCAUUUACAGUUGAUUGUUCCACAAAUAUUAAAGAAGGAUAUAUUGGUUUUGAGCCAUAACACCCCUUAUUCUGGACACAUGGGAGUUAAGAAAACCAUAGAGAAAAUGAAGACAGUUUUUACUUGGUACAAGAUGAGUCAGGAUAUAACAGAACAUAUACAGAAUUGUACCAUAUGCAACAAAAUAAAAGGAACGGGGAAAAAACCAAAAGCACCUUUGAUGGACUAUAGAGUGGGAUACCCAUUAGACAGAAUAGGCAUAGCCAUUAUUGGUCCACUGACAUUAACUAAGAAGAAGAAUAAAUUUAUACUGGCUAUAGGCGAUAAUUUUACCAGAUGGAUGGAAGCCUACCCUAUACCACAUCAGGAUGCUGACCUGGUAGCACAGAAACUAGUCAUGGAAUUUAUUGCUAGGUUUGGCAUACCACUAGAAUUGCAUACAUACCAAGGAAAGAACUUUGAAAGUGACCUUUUCAAAUCUGUUUGUAAUUUAUUCCAAAUUAACAAAACCAGAACAACUGCAUAUCAUCCGUCAUCAAAUGGUCUAAUAGAAAGGUUUAACAAGACUCUUGGUGGUAUGAUCAAGACCUUUGUCAACAAGAACGUAACAAAUUGGGACGAAUACAUUAAUCUCCUACUAGCUGCUUACAGAAGUACCCCUCAUCCGGCUACAGGAUUUUCACCAAACAACAUGAUGUUAGGUAGAGAGGUCAAUAUCCCUCUGAACUUAAUGUUCAGAAGUCAUGAACGCAGAACUGAGAACAAUGAAGAUUACAUUUCAACCAUAAAAUCUCAUUUUCAAAACGUCUAUGAGAUUGCGAGGUAA